CUCCUCCUCCUCCUCCUCCGCCUCCUCCUCCGCCUGCGACCACUUGCGAGCCCUGCCCCGCCGCUGGGGUGUGCCCGCCUGCAGACGUCCUUCGAGCUCUGAGCCCCCGCAUGCGCGGUAGAAGUCUGACCUGUAGGGGUAGGGGUCGCGUGAGGUUGCCCAGUGUCAGCCCCCCCUCUUCGCCCCCCUCUCACCAGAGGGCUGGGCUGGGGGACUGCGAGCAGAUCUGGCGCGCUGGAAGGCCUCUGAGAUCCUGCGCGAGGGCUGUGGGGAGCGAAGGCCGGUUCGAUUCCGAGCCGAAAGCCGACCGCGGCCCAGACGUCUGAAAUUCCACCCUUCGCGCGGCGGGCCGUGCAUGAAGCGUGACGCCAGCCCGCGAUUUGCCCAGUAGCCGUUGCGAUCCGGGCGGCGUGGCGGGGUCGGGUCACACGACCUCGGGUCGCGGUCGGCCGCGCGGUCGGCGAGACACGGAGAGCAUCGAGAAUGUGGACUCGUGCCUGAGCUGGGAGAGGCCAUCGAUUCCCACAUCCGAACAAUGUCGUUUGAUUUGGAGUCUCUGAGCACUCCGGGCAACAAGAAGGACCUGGGCAGCUGUAAGGCGGAGCUGUUGAGACACUGCAUCCUUAUGAUGCGCCUCCAGCGCCCUUAUCUGGUUUAUUGCUUGCUCUGUGCAGGGUGCGCCACGUUUGCGUUCAUGUCCACCCUCUUCGGCAUGGUCAGCUCCGCUGGGAAGAUCCUACCUGGACAAGCGCACUCCAUCUUGGAUGGCGGGUGCUGGCAGACACUCUGCUGGAUCAUCGUGGGCUGGGCCCUGGUGAUCGAAGUGUUUACCUCGGCAAUUGUCAAUGGGCUCCGCCGCUCACUUAGAGAUUUCUGGUUUGUGUUCGACGCCGCAGUUCUCCUGGUCACUGUGCUGGCGUGGAUGCUGGCCCACUCGGGCGGGCCCACGGCACCAACUGCGCGAGAGGUCGGCGAGAUAGAGGGCGCAGACCUCGCGCUCCUUGCCCUCCGCUUUGCGCUGCAGCUGGGCCGCGUCCUCGCCGCGUGGCUGAUGGCCCACAAGGUGACGCAGAUGCAGAGCGGCUUCCUCGACGUUCCAGACGUGCAGCUGCACGUGUGAUGUCGAAGGGCGCCGAAGUUUACUCUGCCUGCAACGUAACGAGGUCGGUUGGCGGCGAUGGCCGUCAUUCUUUUCCGUCGGCCAGGUGGGCAGCGGGCACCUGACACGCACAAUCGCCCAGUUGCCAGAA